UUCGCUUUCAAAACAACAUGGCGACCGAAGUGUUUUGAAUGGAUUACAGAUUUCGUAUUGUCAUAUUUCCUCGUUAAAAUACACAUGUAUAUCGCUACUAAAGAUUCUGGAACAUAACUAAUACAUCCAUGAAAGUGAAAGGAUAUUUAGGAUACAAGUUGGGCCAAGAAUUAGGGCAGGAGAGAGUUUUUUUACGUCGGAAUUAUCGGAGAACGUCGAAGGCGAAUAAACCAAGCAAGAAAAGCUGUGAACGGCAUUGCUGGAGCUUCACAUCUCAUACCCGCGCAAACUUUGGGUAUAGAUAACGUCUACUUUAUUAUUUAGGACUUUCUUUAUUGUUAAACUAAAUAUUUAGAAAUGCCAAAAAAUGAGCAAAACCUCAAAUGGCCCUGUGAAUAUUGCACAUACGAAAACUGGCCAUCAGCCAUGAAAUGUGCUCUUUGUUUAGCCAAACGACCUGCACAUGUGAUCUGUCCUCAACCGAACAGAUCUGGUGGAAUUGUCCAAGAUAUCUAUCAAGCUGCUGAUAACGAAAGAGUUAAUGCUAGGAAUAGCCGUACUCCAAGUAACGCAGACAAAACCUCACCGAGAUACAAACAUAGUGAUCAAGAAAUUGUAAAAUGGAAAUGUUCUGCUUGUACGUUUGACAACUGGCCGAGUUCUCUCCACUGCGCUAUGUGUCAAUCAGCUAUUUCUAAAUAUCACAAAAAUGCUAUUCAACCUGAAGCUUCGAACAGUAAAGAUGAAAGARCGAGAGCAGUUUCUCCUAAGACAAGCCGUUCGGGAUCGAAGGUAGAUUUGAAAUCUUUAAACAAUGAUAAAAACAAAGCCCAACAUAAAGCACUAAUGAAGUGGGAAUGCCCGAAAUGUACCUAUCAAAACUGGCCGAAAACCACUCGUUGUGUCAUUUGUCAUACUAUGAAAGCACUAAUCAAAACCAAAUCUGAUGAGACUUGUAUUUCCAAAAACAAUAAUGGAGUAUCUUCUAGACGUAGGUCUCCCACAUCAUCAGUUAGUGAUAUGUCCCUAGCUCUUCAGCCAGCUAAUCAAGAUGUGGGAAAGAUUAUAUAUGAUAUUCCUGCCAAUGAAGAUGUCAAUGACAAUGAGGAAGUGUUGCAAAUUCGAAACAGGCUGACUGAUAAGGAUUGGAUGUGGUUGAGUGCCUGUAUUGGGAUAGUUGAAGGGGAUGCAACAUCAGUAGAGACAUACUUGAAUUCAGGGAAUGACCGUACUAGGCAGCUAACAAGGGAGGAGUGCCUUGUCUUGAACAGACCUGAARCAUUUGAAGUGGGAUACACUUUAGUACACUUGGCUAUUAAAUUCAAGAGGGAAGAGCUACUUGCAUAUCUCCUGGUAUCUGAAGUUGGUAAUCACCGUUUACACUGUGUACCAUGCUUAGUAAGUCCAGAGCUAGCAGCAGAUGUAAGGAAAGAUAUAGCACAUACCUUGAGACAGAGAAAAGGAGAUUGGCCUUGUUAUUUCUUUACUGAGCAAGUGACUUUUGUACUACCAGCAGAAAUUCAAGAAUUUCCAGCUCGUUUACAAAGACAGCUUUUUGAAGACUUACUUGACAAAGAUGUCCAGAGAGUACUGGAAGUUGAAUCCCCAAUCAUUAACUGGAGUGAAGAGAUUUCAGUACACCUAAGUAGCAGAAUUUAUCCAUUGUGGAACCGUUCAGCUGGUGACUGUCUACUUGACUCUGUGCUUCAAGCAACGUAUGGCAUGUUUGACAAGGACAAUACUCUAAGAAAAGCUCUGUUUGAAAGUCUAAGUGAAGGGGCCAUCAGAUUCUUUCCUCGUUACAAGGAAUGGGAAUCAAUACAAGCAGAGACACUACAGUACACCCUAGAUGAAGACCAAUGGGAACAAGAUUGGGCAUCAAUACUUAGCUUAGCUAGUCAACCUGGAACAUCUCUUGAACAAACGCAUGUAUUUGCACUGGCUCAUAUCCUACGCCGACCAAUCAUCAUCUACGGUGUCAAGUAUGUCAAGAGUUUCAGAGGAGAAACUCUUGGUUUGGCUAGAUUCCAAGGUGUUUAUCUUCCAUUGUUAUGGGGAAAAAGUUUCUGUUGGAAGAACCCUGUUGCCCUUGGUUACACAAGGGGUCAUUUCUCAGCACUGGUUGCUAUGGAAGUGGAUACUGACAAAACCAAUGAUAUUGGUGCUCAUGCUCAUGUAGAGAGUAAUGACAAUGUUCAUAUAACAUACCUGCCACUGGUUGAUCAUGAGGGUCGUCUAUUGCCUGUCCACUUUCUUUCUGCAGCACAGAUUGGCAGUGAGGAGUAUCUUUUACGUGACUGGUUAGACUGCUGUACAACUGAUAGUGGUAUUUUGGUAGCACAACAACGACUUACACCAAGACCAGCUCUUGUCAACCAAAUGAUUGAUGACUGGAUCGACAGAUAUAGGAAACAGAAGAAAUAAAGAAGCAAUGGUAUUCUACUCCCUCGUCAGACUGUAAAAUAAUACACAUAACAUCUACAGUUUGCUAUUGUGUUUUGCUAGGUUUAUGUGAAGUUCAUUAUCAAUGGGUUUGCCAAGCAAUAGUGAUGUUAACAUGUUAAUGUUAGCAAUAUGACAUAUAGGUAUUAAGGUUAAAAUUUAUUCAUUAAUGUUGUCUUAUAAUUAGCAAAUCUAUGACAUAUUCUAUUCUAUUGGGAGGACUAAUUCUUAUUCAUUACUGUUCACUUUUACCACACAAGUUUUAGUUUAAUGUCUGGUUCAAAUACGUCAACUACCAACACUUGGCCUUGAAGAUAAAAAAAGCACGUUUGUAUCAUAUAUUUCUGUGUAUAGGCACUUAUAGCAAUAUUAUUAAGUUAAGCAAAAAUGAAAAUCGAUAAGCAAAUAAAUAUAUCAUUAAAAGAA